AUGAAAGUAAUAAAAACGGGUGAUAUUCUAUUCUUUUUAUUUUUUUUUAUGUUUCUAAAUUGUUCAAAUGUUAAAUCUGCCUAUUUUUAUGUAAAUGAGGGUGUGGAUAAAUGCUUCGUAGAAAGUGUAGCAGGCAGUAUAGUUAUAACUUCUUCUUAUGAUAAUUAUGGACUUAAAGAUGUGAAAUGUCUUAUUAAUAUAAAAGACGAAAGUGGAAGAAUAUUGUAUUCACAUGAAACUUCUAAAAUUAGUAAAGGUAAAAUAUCAUAUUUAACAAAGAAGGAUGGGUUAUAUUAUAUAUGUAUUUCUUGCCCAUCCACUAAAUGGUUUAAAAGUACUUCAUUAAAAUGGAGUUUAUCAAUUGAAGUUGGUGGUUCAGAUAUCGACUUAGAAAAUUUGGCAAAAAAGUCAGAAUUAAGUGAAACAUUAACUGUUUUAAAAACUUUAAAAAAAAAGUUUAAUUCCAUGAAAUUACAACAGGGAUAUCAAAAACAAAUGGCAACUAAUUUAUAUGAAUAUAAUGAAUCAGUUCAUAAAAAAAUGUUCUAUUGUUAUAUAACAGAAAUAAUUUUGCUUAUACUAAUAACUAUAUAUUCAAUUGUUCACUUAAAAAAUUAUUUUAAAUCACAAAAAUUAAUGUAA